UCAAAGGGACUGGAUGACGGAAACGUCAAUGGCGGGCACUUCAAUGUGAAAGAAAAGUUUUAAAAAGAUUUAGUGUUGUUCUAAUUAAUUAAGAACAUCAAUGAGCAAGUUUGAUGAUUUAGACAUUAAUCCACGUAUAUUAACUGCUAUCAAACGAUCCAAAUUAACCAGUGUUGAAUCUGUGUUGAGUUUAUCUGGACCUGAUCUAGAAAGAACAUGUCAGUUGUCAUCGAGUGAUGUAUCAACAUUAAAACAUGCCAUUGCUGAAUCAAUACCAAAACCGGAUCCAUGUACAGCUUUGGAUCUGUGGAAGGGGGAAUGUGUCAAUAAUUUAAAGAUCAAGAAACUGUCAAUAGGUUGUGAUGUUUUUGACAAUUUCUUACGAGGUGGUAUAAUAUCGCGAGGAAUAACAGAAUUAUCAGGUGAAAGUGCCAGUGGUAAAACCCAGUUCUGUUUACAGUUAUGUCUGACUGUUCAACUACCUGUUACACACGGAGGACUAGCAGGAGGUGCAGUCUAUAUAUGUACAGAAGAUGCAUUUCCUAAUAAACGUCUACAACAGCUCAUCAGCCAUUACAACGAGAAAUAUUCAGGUUUAAAGGAAAGAAUACAAUUCAGUGACAAUAUUUAUAUAGAACACAUAUCAGAUUAUGAUGGUUUGACUUAUUGUAUACACAAGAAAUUACCUGUGUUAUUAGCUCAGGGUUUGAUUCAACUGGUAAUUGUUGAUUCUGUAGCGGCUCUGUUUCGUUGUGAUUACGAGAAUCAUGAAAUGAUAAAGAGAGCGAAACACAUGAACACGUUUGCUGGUAAACUUCGUGGUUUUAGUCAACAGUAUAAUAUACCUAUUGUUUGUGUGAACCAGGUGAGUGAUUGCUUUGACAAGUCCAGUACAAGAAAAGUUCUGCCUGCAUUAGGCUUAACCUGGUCUAACCAAGUCACAUCAAGGUUUAUGUUAGCUAAAACAAGCUGCCCAAUUCAGCUAGAAAAUUCAAUUCCCAAUAAAAGUGUGGACGGAAGCGUGCGGAAGUUUGAAGUGGUAUUUGCCCCCAACAUACCACAACUCGUCUUCCCGUUUAUAGUGGACAAAUAUGGUAUACAUGGUCUGAAAUAAGGCCUGAUGACUGAUAACCUUUUGAACGGUGAACGGUCACUUUUUAUUGUUUAUUUAUGGCAAACAUAUUCCUGGUUAAUGUGUAGAUCUCUAUAGAUAUACAUGGAUGGUCAUCUAUUAUUAUUUAUAUUAUCAAAUAUCAACCAUUAAUGGCAUGAUUGUUAUAGUUAUUAAUAUAUGACAAUAAUGUUAUCCAGUCCAUAAAAAAUAAUUUUAUUUUUAUCACUGAGUUAUUUAAAGCUACUGUGACAGCUGAUUUGUAUACUUUGUAUCAUAUUGGACAUGAUAUUAUUUAUUUUUUUAAUAUAAACAAAAUAAAGCCAUUAAUUAAAUACUUUUAGAAUAUUGAAUGUAUAUUAUUGAUGUAAAGGGUUGGAUGGCCGAAUGGUUAGUAUGUGCGCGCUGUAUCAUAAGGUC